AUGGCCAACGUGACUGGGACCGGUCCAGCACACGCUCAAUCCUCGCUUCCUUCACUCCCCGCACACCUUCAGUCGGAUACACAUCUCACAGCUCAUCUGGCCAGUCGAUUCCAUGUGGGCUUGCCGACAGCUCGCCUUUCAUCUCAGGCAUUGAUUGCCCUGAAUACUUACAGCUCAGCCACGAAGGGUCCAGAUGGUACAAAAGAGGGAAGUGCUGCGGGAGAAGCAGAAGAUUUGGCUCGUCGUGCUUUCACUCGAUUGGGAGCCCGCGCAGAGAACCAAGCAGUGGUGUUUUUAGGAGAGAGCGGUUCUGGAAAGACCACUCUUCGUUCACACCUGCUGUCUUCCUUCUUGUCCUUUUCCUCCACCCCUCUUUCUUCAAAACUCUCCUAUGCCGCCUUUGUUUUCGACACCCUCACCACCACCAAAUCCGUCACGACACCCACAGCCUCCAAGGCUGGUCUUUUCCUUGAACUGCAGUAUGAUGCCUCAUCUUCCGUCAACCCUACCCUGAUCGGUGGAAAAAUUAUAGAUUAUCGACUGGAGCGGAGCCGUAUCUCUUCUGUGCCUACGGGAGAGCGAAGCUUCCAUGUCCUCUAUUAUCUUCUCGCAGGAACCAGCGCCGCCGAGAAAUCCCAUCUUGGAUUCAACGCCCCGAUUCACAUCCAAACCGGCGGAGAUGGUGGAGUGAGCCAUAAACGAUGGCGUUACCUGGGACAUCCCACUCAAUUGAAGGUUGGAGUCAACGAUACUGAGGGCUUCCAGCACUUCAAGACCGCUCUACGAAAGCUUGAGUUCUCGCGUGGGGAGAUCGCUGAGAUAUGUCAGAUUCUGGCCAGUAUCUUGCACAUUGGUCAGCUUGAAUUUAUUUCUGGAUCUGCUACCACCACAGGUGCGGAUGAAAGCGGUGGUUACUCCCGUGAUGGUGGUGAGACUGUGACGAUGGUCAAGAACAAAGAUGUUCUUGCCAAUGUUGCCGCAUUCCUCGGUCUUAGUGUGGAAGCUUUGGAAAACAGCAUGGGCUACAAAACUCAGACAAUCCGACGCGAGCGUGUGACGGUAAUGCUGGACCCUAAGGGUGCACGUAACAACGCAGAUGCUUUCGCCCGCAUCAUAUACUCACUUUUAGUCACUUACGUUAUUGAGACGGUGAAUCAGAAGAUCUGUGCUGCCGAAGAUAGCGUUGCGAAUACUGUCUCCAUCGUCGACUUCCCCGGCUUCGCUCAGUCUUCUACUACUGGCUCAACCCUCGAUCAGCUUCUCAGCAAUGCGGCCACUGAGUCCCUAUAUAACUACUGCCUUCAGUCAUUCUUUGAUCGUAAGGCUGACACGCUGGACCGGGAGGAUAUCGCUGUGGCUGCUACCAGCUAUUUCGAUAAUGUGGAUACCGUACGUGGCCUUCUGAAACCUGGCAAUGGUCUCUUGAGCAUCUUGGAUGAUCAGACUCGUCGUGGUAGAUCCGAUGCUCAGUUCCUUGAUGCCGUUCGCAAGAGAUUCGAGGGUAAGAAUCCAGCAAUCUCUGUUGGUUCUUCUGGUGGCGUUGGUGGUGGUUAUAUGUCACAAGGCUCCCGUUUCGCUUUCUCAGUCAAGCACUUUGCCGGUGAGGUCGACUACUCAGUAACCGGCUUGAUUGAAGAGAAUGGAGAAGUCAUCUCGGGAGACUUGAUGAAUUUGAUGAAGUCUACCCGAAGUGACUUUGUACGAGAGCUGUUUGGCCAGGAGGCCCUGCAGACCGUCUCCCAUCCGCGGGAGAGAACAGCCAUCAUGCAGGCCCAGGUAUCCUCGAAACCCCUGCGCAUGCCGAGUAUGGCCCGACGCAAGGUUAACCCACAGGCAAAUAUCGCCCCCUCGGAGAUCGGAGAAGUAGACGAGGAUGAGAGUCAAGCUGGAGGCUCCAAACGCAGUACAGGUCGAAAGACCGGAUUGAUGACUGGAACAAACCAAGGCGCCUCUGGUCAGUUCCUCUCGGCUCUUGACAUCAUCAACAAAUGCCUGAGCUCAUCCAACGUGAACCCGUACUUUGUCAUCUGUCUCAAGCCCAAUGACCGUCGCAUUGCAAACCAGUUCGACAGCAAGUGCGUGCGCAUGCAGGUCCAGACUUUUGGUAUCGCUGAAAUCAGUCAGCGGUUGAGAAAUGCCGACUUCACCGUCUUCCUCCCGUUCGCUGAGUUUUUGGGUCUCGCUGAAAUUGACAACCUUGUGGUGGGCAGUGAUAAAGAAAAGGCUGAGGUUGUCCUGGAUGAAAGGCGAUGGCCUGGAAAUGAAGCUCGCGUUGGUAGUACCGGUGUCUUCCUGAGUGAGCGAUGCUGGGCAGAUAUUGCCAAACUCGGGGAACGUGUCCAGACGACCUUCAAGGCUGCAGGUUCUGACGAAGGCGACGUUCACACUCCCGGUGGAAACAUGGAUGCCAAGGUCCGCCUUCUUCACCCGACUGACCAAUCUCCUGGUGCCUUCAUCUACGGCGAUGAGACCAAGCAGGGUGGUUAUUUCGGCGGUCGGGAUCUAGAUGGACGCUCCGAAGCAGGGGCAUCAGCCUUCAACUCUGGCGAUAUGUUCCAAAAUUUCGAGACCCGAGAACAAAUGCUGGAGAAGGGUAACGAGACGAAAAUGGAGGAAGUUGAGGAUGUUCAAGUCUCAGGGACCCGCAAACGCUGGAUGGCGCUUGUCUGGAUGCUGACCUUUUGGAUUCCCGACUUCAUGAUUAAAUUUGUCGGUCGCAUGAAACGUCAAGAUGUGCGAACUGCUUGGCGUGAGAAGCUUGCUAUCAACAUGAUCAUCUGGUUUUCAUGCGGUGUCGCCGUCUUCAUGAUUGUCGGUUUCCCUGGAUUAGUCUGUCCAACUCAGCAUGUUUACUCCAAUGGUGAGCUCAGCGACAAGAACGGCAAGGACGGUGCAGAUUCAUACAUUGGUGUUCGAGGAGUUGUCUUCAACCUUGGUACCUUCGAGGACUCUCACUACCCCAACAUCGUACCAACAAAGUCUCUCAAGAAAUACGCCGGUACAGACGCAAGCAAUCUCUUUCCUCUCCAGGUAUCAGCACUUUGCCAAGGUGUGAAUGGAAAGGUUGACCCUAGUGUGCCCUUGGACUACCGAUCAAACUUGAACACUUCCUCCAGUACGACAUCCUCAACCUCCUUUGAUAUCAAUGCCAAGUACCACGAUUUCCGCUACUGGACUGGUGAUUACCGACCAGAUUGGUUCUACGAACAGAUGGUUAUGUUGCGGGCUAACUACAAAAAGGGCUACGUCGGUUACACUCCAAAGUACAUGAAGUCUCUCGCAGAUACGAAGAACAUUGCUAGUAUUCACGGCAAGGUUUACGAUUUGACCUACUACCUUGCAGGUCCUCGGGUUGCUCGUUUCCCGGAGGGCAAAAAUCAUACCGGCACCACCAUCGAUACCGAUUACAUGAACUCUGAGCUUCUCACUCUCUUCCAGCAAAAAUCAGGAGUUGAUGUUUCCAAGUACUUUGAUAACCUCGAUCUCGAUACGGACAUGCGCGCUCGGAUGCAACUCUGCCUGGACAAUCUGUUCUUCGUUGGCCAUGUCGAUACCCGAAACUCGACUAAGUGUCAGUUUGCGCGAUACUUCAUUCUUUCCAUCUCAAUCCUCAUUAUUUCCAUCGUUGGCUUCAAGUUCUUUGCUGCUUUGCAGUUCGGUAAGAAGGCCUUACCCGAAAACCUCGACAAGUUCAUCAUUUGUCAGGUUCCAGCGUAUACCGAGGAUGAAGAAUCCCUUCGCCGUGCCAUUGACUCCAUGGCUCGUAUGAAGUACGACGAUAAGCGCAAGCUCUUGUUGAUUGUUUGUGACGGUAUGAUUAUCGGUCAAGGCAACGAUCGUCCCACUCCCCGGAUUGUCUUGGAUAUUUUGGGUGUGCCCGAUACCAUCGACCCGGAACCUCUCAGCUUUGAGAGUGUUGGUGAGGGUAUGAAGCAACACAACAUGGCAAAGAUCUACUCUGGUCUCUACGAAGUACAGGGUCAUAUCGUUCCUUUCUUGGUCGUCUGCAAGGUCGGCAAGCCAUCUGAAGUUUCUCGCCCUGGUAAUCGUGGCAAGCGUGAUUCUCAGAUGGUGCUGAUGCGCUUCAUGAACCGCGUUCUCCACAACAUGCCCAUGAACCCUAUGGAACUUGAGAUGUACCACCAGAUCCGCAAUAUCAUCGGUGUCAAUCCCAGCUUCUACGAAUACGUUCUACAGGUCGAUGCCGAUACCAUGGUAGCCCCAGAUUCUGGUACGCGAUUUGUCUCAGCCUUCAUAAGCGAUACCCGUCUUAUUGGUCUAUGUGGAGAAACUGCCUUGUCCAACGCCAAAACAUCCAUCAUCACCAUGAUUCAGGUUUACGAGUACUUCAUUUCUCACAACCUGACCAAGGCAUUCGAAAGUCUUUUCGGCUCCGUCACCUGUUUACCCGGUUGUUUCACCAUGUAUCGUAUUCGUUCUUCUGAAUCCGGUAAGGCCCUGUUCGUCAGCUCGGAAGUCGUCGAUGCCUAUGCUCAGAUUCGUGUGGAUACCCUUCACGAAAAGAAUUUGCUCCAUCUGGGUGAGGAUCGAUAUCUCACUACUCUCCUGAUCAAACAUCACCCCAAGUUCAAGACCAAGUACAUCAGCCGGGCCCAUGCCUGGACUGUGGCACCUGAGAGUUUCUCUGUCUUCCUGUCACAGCGUCGCCGAUGGAUUAACUCCACUGUUCACAACCUGAUGGAACUGAUUCCCAUGGGUCAGCUUUGUGGUUUCUGCUGUUUCAGUAUGCGUUUCGUUGUCAUGAUCGAUCUUCUCAGUACCGUCAUCCAGCCUGUCACCAUGGCCUACAUCAUCUACCUCAUCGUUUACAUUGUCCGAGACACAAGCACGCUUCCAAUCACGUCAUUCAUUCUUCUGGGUGUCAUAUACGGUUUACAGGCGUUCAUCUUCAUCGUCCGUCGCAAGUGGGAAAUGAUCGGUUGGAUGUUCAUCUACCUUCUCGCCAUUCCUAUAUUCACACUUGCCUUACCUCUGUAUUCCUUCUGGAACAUGGACGACUUCUCUUGGGGUAACACUCGUGUCAUCACAGGAGAAAAGGGUCGCAAGGUUGUCAUCUCCGACGAAGGUAAAUUCGACCCAGCCUCCAUUCCCAAGAGGCGCUGGGAAGAGUACCAGGCAGAGCUCUGGGAGGCCCAGACCUCGCGUGACGACCGAUCUGAGAUGUCAGGAUACUCCUAUGGCACCCGUUCUCAUCCCUUCCACCAACCGCAAUCUGAAUAUCAAGUGUACGGAGGAGGAUACGCCAGCUCUCGGCCCGUCUCGACCAUGGAAAUGCCUCUUCUUGCAUCCAACUCACGUCUCUCUGUCGCUCCAUCGGAGAUGCUUGGUCACCCUAUGGACAUAAGCAUGGACGAUUUGAACGCGCUGCCUAGCGACGACGCCAUUCUUAAUGAGAUCCGUGAGAUCCUCAGUACUGCCGACCUGAUGUCCGUUACCAAGAAGAGCAUCAAGCAGGAGCUUGAGAGACGCUUCGGUGUGAAUCUUGAUCUCAAGCGGCCUUACAUCUAUUCAGCUACCGAGGCUGUCCUUUCAGGUCUUCUCUAA